AUGCACUUUCAGGCCUCUGUGCGUCGAAUGAACCUUGGCCAUGCCCAGCAGCAGAAACUUCUCGCUGAGAACAGGAGAAAAGAGAUCGCCCGAGAGGAUCAAAUAAAGCGAAUCAACCAGGAACGAACAUUGGAAGCUAACAUGGCCAGUGAAGAAAGGAUAGAGAAUAAAAGAUUUCUAAGAAGACGUCGUCAGGAAGAAACCGAACGAGAAAUGGAUGAAGCAAUUAGAAAAGUGAGGUUCCUAUGAUAUUAUUCUAGAAAUGAAUGCAUUAGCUAAAAUAUGAGAUAAUGCAUGUGGUCCAUUUAGUGUGUAAGUGCAAUAUAUAUGCUGUACAUCAACUUACAUCAACAAACUUCUAAAUAAUUCUCCUUUAAUGGACCAUUUUCUUAAUUAAGAGGAAAGUAUAAAAAGCUAAGUGCAGUGGUAAACGCUUAAAGGGGAAUAAUCACAAGUAAAAUGACAUUUGAACAUACCGUUGCUACUUGUUUUGUACUCAUAUUGAUGGGUAUACGGUAUGCACUUUCUGUACUGUCAAUCCAUCUUGUUUCGAAUUAAGACGGUACCACACCACUCCAGUCAAGGGUUGUGUACAAAAACCUGGAUUGGAUUGCGCGAAUGGGAUUGGACUGGCAAUUCACUUUAAUUACCCACCAAUCCAAUCCAAUACAACCAAUCCAAUCUGGGUUUUAGCCCCAUUUGAGUGUAUAAACAGAUAAAUAUACAAAUAACCAUACCUUGCUCCUUUUUGAACCAGUCCAAUAAGCAGCUUGAGGCAUUGUUCGAAUUCGUCUCUACUGACGCCCUGAGCUGUUGAUCGGACUGGUUCAAUCUAAACUAUCAUACAACAAACCCAGACAAGACGUAAGCUCUGGUCGUUGGUCCUUCCAAAUGUGACUUCGCCUCCCGGAUCAAUGAUACUUCUAUACCUGUUUCUGUACACCAGAAGAUUUUGGGAGUUAAACUCUGGACAAAAUGCUAGCUUUCAAGGAACAUAUUUCUUUUCAGUUGGGAAAGGUGUAUGGAAUGACAGUGGCACUGAGAAGAUCAGGUCACUCUAUCUCAUUUGAAACUAUGGGGACAUACAAGGCAUUUAUCCUGCCUCAUUUUGAGUACUGCACAUGUCUGCUCUUGGGAAUUGGGAAGGGUGCACCCCUGUAGCUUUUAAUACACCAUUUGAUACAUACAUUGAUAGCCAUCCUUAGCCAGCUCUACCAUAACUGCUAACAUAAAAUAAGCACCUUCGAACAAAAUUGUAAAGCAUCCGUUUCCCAGUUUUGAAUGACAUUGAAUGCAUAUUUAAACAGGUUUAGAUCUGUGAAACGUUCAAGCUGUGUGAUGUAGUGGAGCAUCUGGGAUAUUUUGAUGGCAUCGUUCCCAGUCUUGCGUGUAUUCUGACGAAACAACAUGGUGUCUGCGGUGGAAAAUAUCCCUUGAAAACCCCUUGAAACUCCAUUUCCGAGACUCUAAAUUUCAAAAUAUCCCCAGAUGCCUAGGCCCUCAAGAACUUGUGCCUUUGGUGUGGGUCCCAAAGUCGCCUACUAUUCAUUAUCAGCCUGCUGCUUAAAAACUUUUUGACAGCCCUAUUGAACAUGUAUUUUCUUUGUGGAAAACCAGUUUGGCUGCAACCUGUAAAGGACACAGCAUAAUAUUGUCCACAGUUUCACAGAACCUUAACCUCUUGAGCUUUAUGCUAUAAAAACUGUUUAAACGUGGUGACAUUUGUUUUGGAGUCACACUUAGGAAAUUUGUAGACCAUAUUAAUGUGAAAUUCUACUUUUUAUUCACAGCAAAAAGAACAAAAAGAACUCCAACAGAGGCAACAGGAGCAAGAGGAAAGACUUGCCAAGGUUUUAUUUUAUCUUGUGAUUUUCAAUUUUUCAUUGAUGUGAAGUUUAUGUUUUGAAAUUAUUCACCAUUUUCACAUAGACCAUAAUGCACCUUGGUUACCUGACAAAAUUUUGCAUCUAUCAUUUCCAAUUUCUCCUGGGCAUUACAGUUAUCCCAAGAGAAAUCGAAGACAAUGGCUAUGCAAAACUUUGGGGAGUAAACAAGAUGCAUUAUGGUGUAUAUGAAAAUAGCAAAUUGUAGUUUUUAUCAGCCUUUAUUCAAAGCAAAUAAUCUUUUCACAGAGAAGCUAAAGUAACUAAAAUCAUAAUUUGGCUAGUUAAGGUUUGCAUUGCUAUGUUAUCAUUUAGGUAAUAAGCAUAUACCGGGUAAUAUUAUUUGAAAGAGGAAGUGCAUGUCGUAUGCAUGUAUGUUGUGGUUCGAUUUGUUUUAAAUUAAAGUGAAAGCUCUUUUAAUUAACAGCUCUUCUUACAGCCACCCUGUUUCAACUCCUAUACAAACUCUGUAUUUUCACAUUCCCGUAACUGGGUGGACACAUUCCCAUGAGUGGCCACAGACACUGUCAGGGUUUACAAGUUCAGUUUUGGCUUUGCUUUUAAACUACGGUAAGCGCACAACCGAAAUCAAUCUGAAAGUUAUAUUUUGAACUCGCUGUUCGUCACAAUUUAUUAAUUUAUAUUAAUUUGAGUUUUUUUUUCACAUACUCACCUGGUGACAGUUAAAAAAAGACCACCUGAAUUUUAUGCCUGUGCCUAUAAAUUACAUUGUCAUCACAACAACAGCAUAGCUAAACACUAACAAAAAGUUGCUUACAAGCCUCAUGUUUAUUUGUAGCUGGGCUACCUCCCAUAAGCAGCCCUUUGACCCAAACACUUCUUGUGACUGCAUAUGAGCAAUAUUCUCAUAAGCGGCCAGCUCCAGUUACAGACUCCUUUUUCACGUCCUGAGCCUGUCCGCUCAUGAGAGCUUCCACUGUAUGUUUUCCUUUGUCUUUAGGUAUGGUAGUGGAUGAUAAUAGAUUUAAAUGAAAAAAUAAGUAAAAUAAAAUAAUAAUAAUAAUAAAAUUGGAACCCAGGAUAAAAUAUUUGAACCACAACAUGUACAGCUGUAAAUCAAAAAUGGAGGUUUAGCAAGAUUCUGAUUCCCUUUUUACCUAUCAUUGAUUCUUUAAUAGGAACUUGAAUUUGUGAAACUUGAAAGAUGCAGAGAAGAAAAGCUCAAGCAGCAGAUAAGAGAAAACAGGUCAGAAAAGUCAGAAAAUAUUUGGUCAAUUUAUGCCUUUUUUUCAUAAGGCAACUAGAAUUGCUGGAAGGGAACUUUAACUGGGCUGCUAAGAGGUGAUUUUUUUCUGAGGGGAGAGGGCGGCUGUACACAGGCUACCAUGAAACCUUGUUGCUGACCAUUGCAUAACAUACAGUGUAGAAUCUUAUGUGAGAGUGAAACAUAAACUCAUUUGAACAUUGUACCCUUGUGGAAGACUUUCGUAAUUAUGUAAUAUUAUCACUUAGGUUGAGUGAGAGAUUGAAAUGCGAGAGAACCUAGGAAAUCUGUGACCUUAAAUUUAUUAAAGCAAAUCUGUAGACAGCCAUAUUGAGAGUGAUCCACUUUAUUUGUCAGAAACCUGUUCACGACAACCUAGACUAUACAGAAUUAUUGUACUGCAAGAAAACGAUAAGUUAACCAGAACAGACAGCAAACAGAUUUUAGGAGAAAACAACCCACUAUAAAACCCAUCGAGAUACACGGGCCUUAUUCAACCGAGACUGAAAGAGAUGAUCAAUAGACAAUAAUCUAAAAUUUAUGGUUGACACAAAAACGCAUUGUGCCACAAGAUAAAAAUAUUCAUACGUUCCAAGAUUCUUUCCUUUUAAUUUGUUAUCUUUCUUCAACCUAGAAAAGUUUAAAGAUUACUCACAGGUUUUUUUUCCAUCGGUACAUACUUCAAAAAAUGUAAAUAAAUCAAAAUGGUCAAUAACAGAUUUUUUUAACCAUCAUUUGAGUCUGGGACAAAGUGCUGAUGACACAAACUCAAAUGUUGUUUUUUGUUCAAGCGAUAAAUGACCUUUAUAUAGUUUUAAAUAGUUUUAAAAAACCCUACAUAUACUUUACCUCCUCAUAUUUACAGUCUUCGUAUUCAGAACGCUUUCAGUAAAAUAUCAGUUGUGUACACAAAAAGGUGUGCAUGUUGAGCGAGCUGUGAACUUUCAAAGUUUAUCGAAACUCGCCAGUGCUAACGUCAGUUGUGCUUGUUGAAUUGGUGGAGACACAGAAAUUAGGAGAAGUAUAACACUCGAUCAUGCACAAAUUUAAAGAUACAAACAAAAGCAAAAACUCUAGGCCACAUUGAGAACAACUGUAAGCUCUAGGACUGUAAGUCACCAAACCUUGUACUAGUAAGUAACUUGCCUUAGUACUCUAUUUCUCUCAAGUUGGUAUUUGAAGCUCCAGGUGAAGCUUUGCCGCUUAUUUGCCGUCUCACCAAUGAGGCCAUGAGAUGAACUUGUGUGUGAAAUUCUUAAAGUUCCUGUUUUCAUUGGACAAGUCUUCUUUAUAUCCUAAUCCAAAAUUUAGACCUCUGAAAAGGCUUGUGUUGCAUUAGACAGGAAGAAAUCAAUCUUUAAACAGACCCUGCAAAGAUGGACAAACAUGCUUUAUGGAUCACUCAACGCCCUCUGAGUUACUGGGUUAAUAACAAUUUAUUGAUAGUGUUCAUUUUUAGAUGGAGGAAACUACCCAUGAACUUGACCGUGCCUUGAGGCAGCCCAGUUAAUGAUGCUGGUUCAUGAUUGGUUGAUUAACAAACGUUGCUACUUGUGUUAAACAGUUCAUGUCAUGUUGAACGUUGGAAUAGGUCUUUCAGCAUGUUAAAUGUUGUUUUGAUGAUGUAAACUUUUUAUUUGUAUUUUGGGGUAUAUCGUCACCUCAGUCUUUAAAGUUUCUUUAAUUGUUUUUCCUUACAGUGUUGAAUUGAGGGAGCUAGAGGCAAAACUUAAAGCUGGUUACAUGAAUCAAGAAAGGGCAGCACAACUGGCAGAAAAGAUGGCAAUGGCAGUAGACAGACAGGUCAGAAAUUAAUUUACUAAUCAGGCAAGCGUAAAAGUGAAGCUCAGUUCAUGAAGAGACACUACUUUGUGCAACACCACAGGAAGUACUGAAAGUAGAUAUCUGCAUUCAUAAUAAUCUUCCAAGGUGCCUGUCCCUAAUGAAAGACCCUUUAAUGUCAGAAGGGUUGCACUUUAGCCCUUGAUUUUAAAUUAGUCACUGAUGUACUCAUGCAGAAUAGCACCCCGCCUCUAAAUACAGGUAUAUUGUUUUUUUUGUGUGUGUAGAGGGUAGAUGACAAGAUUAAUGCCAAAAUGGAAGAGGAAUACAAGCGAGCUCUUGAGGUUGAGAGAGAGAAGGAGGUCAAACGGUGGGAAGAGAGUGUCAGAUAUCAGGAGCAGCUUGAAAAUCAACUGUUGGAGAAAGAGCGCAGAAAACAGGAGGCUUACGAGGAGUUCCUGAAGGAAAAGCUCAUGAUUGAUGAAAUUGUUCGCAAGAUAUAUGAAGAAGAUCAAAGGUAUGUGCUCAUGUAAAUUCCUGACUGGUUACAUGUAUAAUGUAGCUCAUCCAGGGCUGAGCGCCAGUCUUUGGUAGCUCUGGGUUCAAUACCUGUCUGGGUUUUGAAAUAACUGUGCUGUUUUGUUUCACACCUGCAAAUGGUUAGAAAUUCUAGUCUUCUUUCAUAUGGAUGAAAAACUGUAGUCUUCAUCUCACAGGACUUCUGUGAUCUGACUUGACAUGUGAUGUGUAAAAGAAGCCCUAGGGAUGGAAAAAUCUCUAGCAGUUAUCACCCCACCUGUCUGUUAAGUAUUGUGGGAGUGGGUAGAAAGACCACUUCACAUGGGACCUAGGAGCCCCACUUGUGCCUUUUCCUUUUUGGGACUCUUUAUGAGUAUUUUCGACUAUUAAAGUUGAAGUCAAAAUGAUCACUGUUAUAAAAAAAAGUGAUCUUAGAUAUUAAGGCCGUGAUCCCAUUGCCAUUCUGAUCAAAGUUGACAAGGCUAGUUGUGUGAUGACAGCAAAGAAAAUCCACCAAAAUGUUUUCACUUGCAUAUUUAUUAUUAAAACAAUUGCUUUUUUAUUUUCUCCUUCCAUCAGCAUUAUUAAAGAUUUACUUCAUAUUAGGACUUGGUUUUAUGGAUAAUUGUGCUUAGAAAUUUGCUGCCUGUUUGUAUUCUUCAGAGAGCUUGAACACAGACUUGAGAAGCAAAAGGCUACUCAGAGGUACAUAGAGGAAUUCAAGACUAAGCGAGAUGAGGUGGGUACUCAGUUUAAUUUGAGCCCCAAUAUCCACAUACAAAUUCUCCAAACUGAUCUCCAUACAUUUUCUGUAAGAAUUAAAGGAGGGAAUUUGAUAAAAGAUCAAGGCAUUUUAUCUUUGGUGAUCAUUUUAUUAAUUCUCAUAACUUCAUCUCUUCACAAUGUAUGGAUAUUGUUAGGAGAAAGUUGUUGUUGGUCACUAUUAGCACUAUUAAUUGUGUAAUACGCUUUUUAGUUGUAUAUGUUGUUUAGCUUAUCUUGGUGAUGAACCAAAUUUGAACAGACUGCAAUAAGUAAGAGUGUGAUUGUCGUAUGGUCAGUCCAGCCAAAAUGUCAGUUACCAAUAUUCCCAGACAUGAUGUUGUGCAGACUGUAGUAUGUUUAUAACUCUUAUCUCCUCUGUUAGCAAGCAAAAUUUUAAAAGUUGUCUCAUCCGAAAUUCAAUAAAGUUUUUAUGGCUUGAAGGCAAAAAUUUAUGCCAAACAAAGUGAAGAUCAGAUCAGAGCUAGCAGUUUUUUAGUUAUGCUACAGUUCAUUACCAAACGAUUUACUAGAAAGUUAUUAGUUGUCUUUACACUAGGCUGUUAAGUAAGACUUAAGAACUGCUAAGUUUUACUUAACCAAAAAUGAAGGCCUAAGCAAAAUCUCAAGUUACUUUACUUUACAUCUCAUUAAAGUCAAAAAGUUGAAACGAUUCAAGAAAGUUUCAAGUGACUUGAAAACCAUCUUUAAAACCGACUUAGCGAACUUGCGGUUUCCAAGCUUUGAGAAGAGCGAAGCAUGUCAAUCAAUCUUAAUUAUGUUGGGAAGGAAAAUAGGCUGAAGUAAACCUGAGGUAAAAAAAGGAGGGUGGGUGUGAAGCUUUCUUUUGCUUGAAGAAUUUAAAAUUUUACUUGUCUUGAAGUAUUUCUUAGCUUAUUUAGGUUCUAGUAUAAAGACUACCAUUGUUAACUACGACCACAUUGCUUAAUAGCUCUAGGACUUACAUGUAACUGGUUAUCCAAAACUGUUAAUAAUAAUGCUGCUGUAAUGACAAAAAUUUCAUUAUUAAUAAUAAUUAUUGAUUAAUGGUGUAAUUCUUGUCAUAACAGUGGCAUUAAAUGGCAAGCCUGAUUGUAAUGUGUCCUGCAACUCCAUAUGUCUCAGCGAAAUUUUGUAUUUAAUGUGAUUAGAAUUAUGAAAAAGCAAUAACGACAUAAAGAAAACAUUUGGAAGCGAACUAUUAACAAUAUCAUUAUACAAAAUUUAUUUUAUUAUCAUUAUAAUUAUGAUAAUGAUGAAAGUAGUACUGUAUAAUCAUUAUCUUUUACUGCUUGGUAGAGCACCGUGAUGACAGUCUUGUAUUCAGUGGUUCAUUCCGUUGUUGUCUAUAUUUCACCUUUCAGUGGAAGGAGCAUGAACGUAAACUGAUGGAGGAAGAGAAUGAACGAAUUCUGGAGUUUGCAAAAGUACAGCAACAGCGGGAAGAGGACAGAAUGGAGAAGAAGAGAUUACUGGAAGAGGGCAUGGCAGCCGUGCAACACAAGGUACAUCCUCGUUAUCUCCUGUACGUGUAAUGAACUCUUGAAGGGAAAUUAACACUCGCAAUUGCCAACUCGCAAAAUGCGUGGGGCUUUUGGAAGUUGCGAUUCAAAAGUAUAUCCUUUAGACAACAUUUGCGAAGAAACAACUCUCCAGUACCAAAGUACUGGUAUAGAAAGAGGGUAGACAUUAUCGAACAGUUUUGUGGGAAAAAGAUAUACUUGCCCUGAAUAAUACAUAUACGAGACAAAGAAAGUGGAUUUGUGACAGGCGUGGCCGUCAGUUUUGGUGUUGAACCUUUGUGCAUUUAGCUGCACUUUUCUGGGUUAGCAAAAAAAGAGAUCUUGUCUUUUGUAAAACAAUGUUAACCAUCAGUGAAAAACAGAGCUUUCCUAAAAAAAAUGGCGCCUUAUACAAAAUCAACCUCUUCUUUGCCAAAAAUUUACGGAACCACCCAUUUUCUUAUAAAAAAAUUCUUGAAGGAUUUACUCGUUAUAGCUAAAUUAUAAAAGGUUUACAUAUGGUAUCACGCCGGUAGAGAUUGUGCGGCCUGUCACCCCUUCCAUCUCAGACUACCUUUGCUCCACAUUCGUGGCAUUUAAAAGAGAUAUUCAAUGUUUCACAUUAGUCACUGUGUUUGAUUCUAGCUGUCCAAACAAAUCCAAGAAGAGACUGAAGCAAGAGAGGAGAUGGAAAGGUAAUGAUCGUGCAGUUCACAGAUCAAUAUAACAUGCACAAGUUUUUGAUAUGAGACAUUUUUGUUGCAAGCAGUUAUCAGUGGCGUAGCUACCUGUACGCACGGUAAGCAUGUGCGUACCUGAAAAAGUCGGGGGUAAAAAAAAAUAACAAUAUACAAUAACAAGCGAACUAUCUAAAAUAAGCAAAUAAAUUAAAACGCUGUAAAGCGUGAAAACGUUGUUGUGCAGGGGAAGGUGGUGGGAUGGGGGAAGAGGGAUUUGGAAACUUGUUCGUACUUUUUGAAAAAAAUCCCGGCUACGCCCCUGGUUAUGAGAUUUCAUUUUUCACAUCAUUGGGUCGGAGAAUAGUUUCUGAAACUGGUCUUUUUUUAUUCUUAGAAUACGAACUGAACUUUAUCUUGAAGAACAAGAAGAACUGGAAAGACAAAAGGAAAAGGUAAAAAUAAAUAAAUAAUAUGAAAUCCACUUUAUUUGAGUGUCAAUGUAUUUAGCACGAAAGUACUAAUUGGGCCGGGACACUAUUCUUAUGUCUCCAACUUGAGACGGGGCCGCCCUUUUACGUGGNAAUAAGCAAAUAAAUUAAAACGCUGUAAAGCGUGAAAACGUUGUUGUGCAGGGGAAGGUGGUGGGAUGGGGGAAGAGGGAUUUGGAAACUUGUUCGUACUUUUUGAAAAAAAUCCCGGCUACGCCCCUGGUUAUGAGAUUUCAUUUUUCACAUCAUUGGGUCGGAGAAUAGUUUCUGAAACUGGUCUCUUUUUAUUCUUAGAAUACGAACUGAACUUUAUCUUGAAGAACAAGAAGAACUGGAAAGACAAAAGGAAAAGGUAAAAAUAAAUAAAUAAUAUGAAAUCCACUUUAUUUGAGUGUCAAUGUAUUUAGCACGAAAGUACUAAUUGGGCCAGGACACUAUUCUUAUGUCUCCAACUUGAGACGGGGCCGCCCUUUUACGUGGUCAUCCGAGGCACGCGAAGGUCCAGCCGCUCUGCAGUACAAAGGGAGUACCUUCAUUUCUCAGUUAUUUUUUAGACUCAGAGUAUUGUUCCUGCACCGAAAAUCGAACCCGCGAUUCCGCUCUGCAGUCAAGCGCUCUACCGACUGAGCUAAUUCUGCCGCGGUUAAAAUGGUUCAAAUCAAAUACUCGUUCGCUAGGGCACGAUUUCGUUCCGAUAAUUCCCCGUGCUUAUGCAGUUUAUUCAUUUUUUCAUGUUGUGCUUAUGCGUUCAGUUUGGAGAAUUUUCUGCAGGGUACAGUUUUUAUCUUGCCGCUCGACGUACAAAGGAAGCGGGGCUAGUCGAUCAGCUCUUUCUUACCCACAGCAUUAGCAUAAAAAUUCUUCCUCCAUCUUCCGUAUCGUUAACUCCUUGAGUGGUAGAGAAAAGACGUUAAAACGUCAAGACAGUUUCCGCAUCGUCUGUGAUCAUGUCCUUUAUUCUCGUAAACUCUUUAAUGUUACAAGGAAAAAUUUGAUACUCAUUAUACUUAGGCUGUCCCUUUAGAAUUCUUCAGCAUAACCAGGAGCUUGCUUGUUAUCUAUUUUAAAACACACUUUUCCCUUGUUUUUUUCAGAUGGCAAUUGAGAACAAAAUUCGUCAACGGUUGGACUUACAGGAAACUCGCCGACAGCAGCUCCAGUUUAAGGAGCAGAAGCGGCAAGCAGAGUUAGAAGAAGAGGAGGAGUUUAGAAGAAAAGUGAGGGCAGUUACUGCCAUGUAAUCCUUGUUUAACUCUCCAAGCUCCAAUAUUCACAUAAAAAUAGUCCAGACUGACUUUCGUACUUUUCCUUAUAUUUAAUGAAUGAGUUGGGGGGAAUUUGUUAACAGAUCAAAGCACUUUCCCCUUGGUGGUCAAUUAAUAGGCCACUUCCGAGUUCCAAAGACCCUCACUUUCAAGAUGAGGCCAAGCGCACAACCUUUGUUGUGAAAAUGAGUUUUAUUUGCAUGAGAAUGAAAAAUCAUUUCCAUAUGAAAGGCUGAGCACUUAACCUCGUUUUGAUACAGGGGCCCUGGGGAACUGGGAAAUGGCCUAUAUAUUUGUUAUUGUUAGGAGAAAAUUGAUGUUGGUCACUGUUGGGGCGUAAAAGGUUAAGACACUUUGCUCCUGGAUCCCGUUUCAAGCGGUUUAGUUUAACCAUUGAUGCUUCUUCUUUUAGAUGCUUGAAAAGUUUGCCGAAGACGACCGCAUCGAACAGAUGAACGCACAGAAGAGGCGAAUGAAACAGCUAGAGCAUAAGAGGGCCGUGGAAAAACUGAUUGAAGACAGAAGGAUUCAGUUCCAGAGAGAGAGGGUAAGGCAGCACUGAUCCGUCAACCGUUAGACUACAUGCAGCCCCGUAGCGUAACGAAAAUCUUCUUUGGUAGACCCUUUUUUAAACUUACACUCGACGGACUAAGAAAAAGGAAGAGCUGUUCGUGGGCGCCAUCACAUCUUUUUAGUAGUCAGUUAUUGGAUGAGGCUGAGUAUGAUAUGAAGAAUUCUGCAGAUUAAAGGGGGUGUUAUCCUCCAAGGCCGAAGACCUAAGAAAAGACCAGCUGAGAAAAAAAAAAGAACUGUUCGUGGGCCGAUCACUCCUUUUUAAUUUGCAAUAUCGGAAGGAAAAUUCUCUUUCCUUCCUCCAUGAAGUUUUUUUGUGGUAAACGUAAGAACAAUGGGGUUAUCAUGUUUCAAUAUUCUUUUUAGGAAGCAGAACUUGAGGCUCGCCGUGAACAAGAAAGAAUGGAGGAAUACAGGCGACAGAUUAUUGAACAAGAAAGACAGAGACUGCUUAAGGAGCACGCUGCCAAUCUACUGGGCUUUUUACCUAAGGUGGGUGUGUCCGCGGUAGCGAGCUGCCCACAUUAUAAUAACAUUUGCGUAAAUUUAAGAGAAAUACUACCUCCUUGCACUUCUCUCGUAUUUUUCCGCAUGCUUUAGAAAUACUUAUAUACCCCAACGAUGCACAUCAUCGCUCAUGUUUAGAGUCUUCACAGCCAAUAUUUUAACUAACAAACCACAAAUGACAUCCUGAGUUAACUGACCAAUUAGGUCAACAACCAGGGUUAAGUACCAUCAAUUGACCGCCCACAACUCACUUUGACUCUGAUCAAUCAAUCAACAAUCUUUAUUUUAUACUCGAAUUGAAGAUAGCACUAAAAUACUAAUAUCUCCGAGUAAAUAUCAAAACGUCAGUUACUGUCAGCAACAGUCUUUUUCCUGAAUACACACCCCCGGACGAUCAUGUUCAAUAUGGGUUCAUUGUUGAUGCAUGGUCUUUGAAUCAAAUAAGCAAGUGUCCUAUUCUGUUUUAGUUGUCUUUCUGUGCUCAGUCGGACGUGCGAAUCCCGCUCGCUACCCCUUACCCCCUCCGUUUAUAUAGCGGUUACACUGUUCGAGGAACAAACAUCAAGAAGUGAUUGUCAUUUACCGAGUGCUUGUUGGUUUUUUUCUACAGGGGGUGUUACGUGAUCAGCGGGAUUUGGAGUUAUUUAAUGACCAGUUCAAAGAUGCUUACACGCCAAAGAAAGUUGGAUACUUUGAUGAUGAUGACGACGAAAGUUAUUAACUUCCUUACUAUGGAUUUAGAAUUCAAUGUUUAAUUAACCCCUUGAAAGGUUUUUCUGUUAUCUCGAAGGGUUAAAAGCACAGUUGUAAAUCACAAAUCAGUUGUGGCUCCUUUCGUUGAUCAAAUGAAAUUUAAUUUUUCUUUUUGACCAGCCUUUUUAAGUUACCUUGAGAGACUGUCAAAUAAAAAUGAUAUCGAUUCUUCUGGUUAAGAAACUAGGUCAGUGUUAACUUGUAAAUACAAUUGUUGAGAUACUUGUGUAGUAAAGUUAAGAAAUUUGUAAUUGGUUUUCUUUUCUUUUCCGAAAUGUUUUUUCGCAUUCGAAUGGUAAAAUGCAAUAAUUGCUGGAAUUAAUAUUGCAAACCAAAGUAAAGAUUGGGAAUGUCAACUUUCCAGGAUAAAUCUAUCGGCUAUUUACAAGCGCGAGGGCGAGUUUGGGGCUACCGAGAGCAACACUAGAUAGCGGCUAGAUCUGUACUUGACCCCAAAGCCUACAUGGCAGGCAUUCAAAAUGAAAAGGGGAAGAGUUGUUCACGCGCGCUAGGUGAAGGGAAGGCACUCCACUCUUCCCCCUUGCACGCUCGCGCGCCCGAGGUCCUUUCCCACUUCCCUUUCGAACGCCUGUCACGCUAGUCCAGUUCUGGCCCCCCUUUCUCUAGCCUGCGGAUAUAGACGUAUUUCCGGUCGUCGCUUGUCUCCAUCCGAUCCGAAAAGUAACUGACACGUAAACUUGCCGCAAGUCGCCCCUGCGAGUCAUCAAAAUCGGACGAAGGACUUUUUCGAAAGUCCAUAAGUCACGCAACGCCAGUGUUACGUGACAGAGAGGAACGGACCAGAACUGGACUACUGUCACGCAGGCUAUUGACACCGGGGAACGAAGUGACCCAAAAUCAUAAUACAGUGGAACCUCUGUUUUUUUUUCUUACCCCCGUAAUAGCAAAACAUAUUAAAAAGAACCUCGAUAUAACGAAGGGCCAACGGACUGGCAAAAUUUGUUCGCUAUAACGAGGUUUCGUUGUAUCGAGGUUCUUCUUCAUACAUUUUACUAUUUCUGGGGUAAAAAAAUCGUUCGUUAUACCGAGGACUGUUAUAUCGAGGUUCCACUGUAACCUCCUGAAAAAAACAAAAGAUGGCCGCCGUCAAAAGCUGAAAGUAGAUGACCUUGCAAACACUCUACAACGUUGCCAAACGUCAUUUCCAGGUCUAAUUUGACUACAAACUGACUUAGAAGAAAUUUAAAAUUUUGACCCCAAAUCAUAGGCUGUUUCUUUAAAAAAAAAUACGGGAUAACCGCAGUUAGGUUUAGUUUGCAAAACUACAACUCACUCCGUUGUCGUCACUGCACGAAUACAAACAUCGAUUAAUUUACCAACUUUCAUUAAAGACUGAUCGAGUUCGAAUAAAGGCAAAAAAGUUUGAAAGGGUGCGAAGUCAGUUUUUCAGUGACGCUUCCGUUGACAAAUCGUAAGGGUGUAUAUAAGAGAACCGAUUUUGAGAACCGGGCGGACACCCUAUAAAGAAUUCUCAGUAGUGCCCCCCGGGAUUAUUACGCGCGUGGCAAAAUAGCCUACUUUGGAUGAUAUGCCUACUUUUGAUGAUCUGCCUACUUUUGUUGAUUUGCCUACUUUUAAUGACCUGCCAACUUUUGUUGAUAUACAUACUUUGGUUGACCUGCCUACUUUUGCCGAUUUGUCCUCACCCUAACCCUAACCUCUAACCCUAACCUCUAACCCUAACCCUAACCCUAACCUUUAACCCUAACCCUAACCCUAACCUCAAACCCUAACCCUAACUCUAACCGCUAACCCUGACUCUAACCUUCUAACUGUAACCCCAACCCGAACCCUAAUCUCUAAACCUAACCCUAACCACUAAACCUAACCUCUAACCCUAGCCCUACCUCUAACCCUAACCCUAACUCUAACCGCUAACCCUAACCCUAACAAAACCCUAACCCUAACCUUAGCCCUAACCCCUAACCCUAACCCUGACUCUAACCCUAACCUCUAACCCUAAAUUCUAACCCUAACCCUAACCUCUAACCCUAACUUCUAACCCUAACCCUAACCCUAACCCCUAACCCUAACCUUAAACCUAACCCUAACCUCUAACUCUAACCCUAACUUCUAACUCUAGCCCCAACCUUAACCCUAACCUCUAACCCUAACCCCAACCCUAACCGUAUCCUCUAAUCCUAACCUCUAACCCUAACCUAACAUCUAGGGUUAGGGUUAGGGGUAGGGCUAGGGUUAGAGGUUAGGGUUAGUGGUUAGGGUUAGAGUUAGGGUUAGGGUUAGGGGUUAGGGUUAGAGGUUAGGGUUAGGGUUAGAGGUUAGGGUUAGAGGUUAGGGUUAGAGUUGGGGUUAGAGUUAGAAGUUAGGGUUAGAAGUUAGGGUUAGAGUUAGAGGUUAGGGUUAGGUUUAAGGUUAGGGUUAGGGGUUAGGGUUAGGGUUAGGGUUUGGUUAGGGUUAGGGUUAGAAGACGAUCACUCCUUUUUAAUUUGCAAUAUCGGAAGGAAAAUUCUCUUUCCUUCCUCCAUGAAGUUUUUUUGUGGUAAACGUAAGAACAAUGGGGUUAUCAUGUUUCAAUAUUCUUUUUAGGAAGCAGAACUUGAGGCUCGCCGUGAACAAGAAAGAAUGGAGGAAUACAGGCGACAGAUUAUUGAACAAGAAAGACAGAGACUGCUUAAGGAGCACGCUGCCAAUCUACUGGGCUUUUUACCUAAGGUGGGUGUGUCCGCGGUAGCGAGCUGCCCACAUUAUAAUAACAUUUGCGUAAAUUUAAGAGAAAUACUACCUCCUUGCACUUCUCUCGUAUUUUUCCGCAUGCUUUAGAAAUACUUAUAUACCCCAACGAUGCACAUCAUCGCUCAUGUUUAGAGUCUUCACAGCCAAUAUUUUAACUAACAAACCACAAAUGACAUCCUGAGUUAACUGACCAAUUAGGUCAACAACCAGGGUUAAGUACCAUCAAUUGACCGCCCACAACUCACUUUGACUCUGAUCAAUCAAUCAACAAUCUUUAUUUUAUACUCGAAUUGAAGAUAGCACUAAAAUACUAAUAUCUCCGAGUAAAUAUCAAAACGUCAGUUACUGUCAGCAACAGUCUUUUUCCUGAAUACACACCCCCGGACGAUCAUGUUCAAUAUGGGUUCAUUGUUGAUGCAUGGUCUUUGAAUCAAAUAAGCAAGUGUCCUAUUCUGUUUUAGUUGUCUUUCUGUGCUCAGUCGGACGUGCGAAUCCCGCUCGCUACCCCUUACCCCCUCUGUUUAUAUAGCGGUUACACUGUUCGAGGAACAAACAUCAAGAAGUGAAUGUCAUUUACCGAGUGCUUGUUGGUUUUUUUCUACAGGGGGUGUUACGUGAUCAGCGGGAUUUGGAGUUAUUUGAUGACCAGUUCAAAGAUGCUUACACGCCAAAGAAAGUUGGAUACUUUGAUGAUGAUGACGACGAAAGUUAUUAACUUCCUUACUAUGGAUUUAGAAUUCAAUGUUUAAUUAACCCCUUGAAAGGUUUUUCUGUUAUCUCGAAGGGUUAAAAGCACAGUUGUAAAUCACAAAUCAGUUGUGGCUCCUUUCGUUGAUCAAAUGAAAUUUAAUUUUUCUUUUUGACCAGCCUUUUUAAGUUACCUUGAGAGACUGUCAAAUAAAAAUGAUAUCGAUUCUUCUGGUUAAGAAACUAGGUCAGUGUUAACUUGUAAAUACAAUUGUUGAGAUACUUG